AUGUCGAAAAGUCCCCAUUCAAGAGACGAGGCAUCUCACGGUCGUGACCGUGGUGCCGGAAGAUCUUCUCGUGCAACUUCGCGAAGACAAACCUCACAGAGCUCAUCUUCCACAGCACGAGCUCGUGCGAAUCAUGGAAGUUCCCAACGUAGGUCACCGCGAGACGAGGUCCUACAAGGCUCACCAUCUACGACACAAGCCCGUGGUAGUGAUGGUGGGUAUCAUGCAGAGGCUUCAGAAGUAGUCUCGCGAUCUCAGUCAUUCAUGCCUUCAGUCAGCAUGAGCAUGUUGUGUUCAGAAUUUACGCCUAGAGUUGCUCCAACAACAGAUACAUCUAUGAGAGAUAGAGAACAUUGUGGAAGCUGUGGUGAAUACAGGGAAGCACCGAUGCUUCCAGAGUGGUGGAAAGGUGAACAUUUUACAGAUCACCCGGAAUGUCUCGCAGCUUACCAGGCAGGAACUUGUCAACUGGAGAGGACCGAUGCUCAAAUCGAAGAGGCAAAUGGCUCUGACGCCGCUUUCCGUGGGCAAAUUAAUUGGGUCCCACCGAUAAAUACAGAAAAUCCAGUUCAAGAUUGUGCUCCUCAGACGAUGAGCACCAGUGUCUGGAGCCAGGGCGCGUCUCAGCCUUCAACCCAACCCAACAAUCCCUCCACCUUCUAUAACCAGUCAGCUGGCUACGCUGACCCUACCGGCCAGACUGGCAAUACUGGCUACGCCCCUUCAAGCUAUGUUGCCCAAACUGCGCCUCACUACUCCGACAAUACCGGCUACAUCGCUCCUAGCUAUAUGCUCUCUCCUCCGGUCCCCUCUUACCCCAGCAAUGCCGCUUCAACCAGCUAUGCUGCUCCUCCAGGACGUAUCCGUACUGGUCUUUCACCCCCUGGCCAAGCCCCCGCUACCGACUAUCCUCCCCCUCCCACCCAUCACAUCUCUUACAACAUCCCCUACAGCACCCAACCACAAGCUACACACCAACCUGCGCCCAAUAACCCACCUCAGGGUGAGCAGUACGCCUCAGCAACUAGUGGCCUACAGCAGGGUAGUAGUCAUCGAGGUAGCAGUGGCCAUGGUCACAGUCAUAGCCAAGGUCGUGGAAGUAGUCGUCGUGAUAAUCGUCCCAAGAAAUAA